GGCACAGUCCAACCAAAGGCAAAGGCAGACGCACAGAACGUAAAUUUGAAGCUGUAGGUUUUGAUGUUGAUGUUGUUGAUGUUCUACUGGAAGAAGUGGAUGGAAAUGUUGGACGAACCGAAACUGAAACCGAAUCCGACGACGACAACGACGAACCGAUGAAACUGUGAAAUCCAAAAUCCAUGAAAUUCAGUUGCUCGUUGACUUGCAUUGGAUUCAAACGUUAAACGGGUGUUUGUUCCGCGAUUCAAGAUUGAUAAGAAGGGAAUACUAAAAUUUGUUUGAAUAUCGUUCAACACGCCGCCGCCGCCUUUGGUGUUGCUCCUCUAAAAUAACAUAAGAACAACAAAAACAACUCACUCUGACUCUAGAGGACUUAAGAAUCUAUGUAAUAAUUCCAAAUCCAAUUGUAAUUUCUAUGAAAUUGUGCACCAGCCCAGUUGUAGGUGGAAGACUAUAGAAGCAUAUUAAGCAUCUUUCAGCAUCAGCUUCAGUUUCAGCUUCAGCAGCAGAAGGCAGAAGCUAAAGUCACGAGCAUCAUCCAUGAGAUUAAUUCUGUCACAAAAUUUUCUCUCAGUUGUACCUUCCUAUAUAUUUUUGUGAUUGUGAUAGAAGGGUGAUAGAUACGUCCGUCGUCGUCGCCGCUAUAGUUGCUCUUAGCUUACUCUGGCUCUAGCUCUGGCUAUCGUUGGUCGUCGUCGGUCUACGCUUUUUCGUUUUCGUCGUGUGUAGCUUGUAGCAAGUUGUCAUAGUCGAAACAUCACCCAUUUCGUGUGUGUUCUGUUUUGUUCCCUCGCCCAAAAAAAAACAACAACAAGAAAAAUUUAAAAAAGGGUGAAAUACGAUUGAAGUAGUAAAAAAAAAUAAAAAUUCAAACACGGAAAUAAUAUAAUAACAGUACAUAGUUGCUCCACCACCGACCGACUGUGUGUGUGUAAAAAUUAAGUGGCAACCAUUUCUUUUAUUAAACAAAGUACACAACAAAAAUUGUACCUAGAAAACGCGGUCUAGAGUGCCCCCGGGGCAGUUCAUAGAUUCAGUUUUUCAGACAUAGUCAAGUCAUUGUUGUCUUCGUCGCUCGUCAUCGUCGCAGUCGUCGUCUUCAUUGUCGUCGUCGUCCAAGUCUUGAAAACAACAAAACGGAAAAUAGUAUAGCAAAAAUAAGGCGGAACAUUGUUUAUAGGGCGAAAGAAGAUACUUUCUUCUUUUUGGAUUCAGAUAAAGAUUCAGAUUCAUUUUUACUCUUUCUCUCUUCAUUGUUGUCUACGAGUAUCUAUAAGUGUGGUGUAUAUUUUUAUUUGCUUAUAUUUUAUAUUGUUCUUCCGUUUACCUCGGCUCUAUUAUCAGAGCCAACCAACCCCCCAAUUUGACGACCGAACCAAUGAUCCAAGUGAUUCCAAAUGUGUUGUGUAAAUAAUGUUAAUCCCCAAGUGGCCAUGCUGUGGAACGUAUAGUUGAUCGUAAUAAUAAUAAUAAUAAUAAUAGUAGGUAAUAAAAAAUAAAAAUAAAAUCUAUUUUUCGGUCUACGCCCACCCGCCCCCUAUACAUCUUCUUCUUCUUAAUAUAUCUAAGCCCCCUAUAAUAUAACAACCCCUAAAACAAAACAACAAACCAAACAACAACCAGAAAACAGAAUAACAAAAAAAAAAUCUAUCUCUCACCCAUCUCGAACUCAAUGAUGAUGAUCUCGGAUGAGGUAUAGCGCGGGGACACGACAACGACCGGACCGACACGCUGAGAUUUACAAAGGAAGUGAAGAAGCAUCUCUCCCCCAACGCGACGUCCGUCUUCAUCGCUCAUCGCUCAUCGUCCAUCCAUCUCUCAUCUCUCAUCUCUAUCUUCAUCUCCGACGUCGUCACUCGUCGUAGUUUUGUUGGAUGUCCCAUCACCAUCAUCACAAUCCCCAAAACCCCAUCCCUAUAUAAAAAGUCCAAAUCCAAAUCAAAAUCCCAGGCAAUGAGUUGAGUUAAGUUGAUGAGUUAAUCCAAAUGAAAGCGAGUUAAAAAAGACUCACACUCACACUCGCACUUACACUUAUAUCCCGCCUUGACUCUUCUGCUUGUUCUAUUUGUUAAUCAAAAUUAAGUGAAGUGACUAAGGCAACCCUAAUUAGACCUGUUUUAGUUCUUAUUUCUGUUUCGUCUCCUUCUUCCCUCUGUGAUUAUAAACACGGAUACGGAAGCAGCGGGAAUAGAGAGAGACUGAAGCUCUAAGGCUCUUCUAAGGAAAGAGCGAACAUAAAAUAAAAAAGAAAACAAAACAAAACAAAACAAUCAAGAGUGUUUUCGAAGUCCUUUCGAAAGGAAGAACGAACAAGGAGAACAUACAAAAACACAAGUAAAGGAAGAAAAUAAAAAAAUCUAAAAACAAUCAUGGAAAAUUGUAAAAUUAAUGAAAAGUGCUCAACUGGACAACGACUUCAGCACCAACAAGACGAAAAGGACAAGGACGAGGAAGAUCGUCUAUGUGCUGAAGCAGCAGCAGUAGCAGCAAGCCUCAUGCAACACAAACAACAACAAAAUCAGAAAAACAGUAGCAACAACAGCAAUAGCGACAGAGAUACCAAAAAAAACCUUAUGUCCUCAUCAGCACAAAGUUCCAUACGUCGCCCACCCCCGGUUACGGUGGGUGGCCGUGAUGGCGGUGGAAGUGGAAAUGGAAGUGGCAAUCGCAACCGAACCCGCUCCCGCUCCAGUCCCAUAGCCAUACCCAACCCCAUCAUGAGUAGUGGCAGUGACAAGAAGAUAGUUGUUGUAUCUACUCCGGUAUCCUUGUUUAACUUUGUGUUCUACGUGAUGUGUAUCGGUUCGUUGGGAUUCUCUGUGUACUCGAACAUCCGGCAAACUUACACAGAAGAGCGGCUUAAACAUCUACGACAUCUCGACGAUAGAAUAACCCUUCUCGAGACAAAGCUAGACGACUUGCCCCAAUUGAUGGCAUCUCUAACAUCAUCAUCGUCAUCAUCCUCAGAUUCAGAUUCAGCUUCAGGAGCAUCAAUUUCUGCAUCAGACAAUCUCGCGGAUACAGUGCGAAGGCUAUCGCUGCACUUCGAUGGGAUUCACCGGCUGCGUCGGGAUGUGUCACAAUUGCAAUUAGUCAGACGACAGGAGCGGCAGACAUCGAUUCAGCAGCAUAUGCCGGAAUGUCCAUGUUCAGCAGGACCACCCGGACCACCAGGGCCUCCAGGAAAACGAGGGAAACGUGGUAAGAAAGGCGAUCCUGGAGAAAUAGGACCAGUGGGACCUGCCGGCGUUAAUGGCGAAAAAGGUGAGCCGGGACGACCAGGGGAUAAAGGAUCACGCGGAGAGGUGGGUCAUCCCGGCAUUGAUGUUUUCCAAACAGUAAAGGGACUUAAACGGUCAGUGACAACGUUACAUGGUGGUACGCUAGGUUACGCGGAAAUUGUUGCCGUUAAGGGAUUACAAGAAGCGGGCGUUAAUGUAUCCGCCUCGACAGUAAUUCAAUUGAAGGGCGAACCUGGUGAACCAGGCCCACCAGGACCUCCAGGACCACCAGGAACAAUUGGCACACCAGGACAUGACGGAGAACGAGGACCGCCAGGAGAAACAGGCCCGCUAGGACCACCAGGUCCUCGUGGCGAACCAGGACCAAUUGGACCGCCCGGUGCGACGGGACCACCUGGAUUAAGGGGUGACAAAGGCGACCGAGGGGACCGAGGCUUAACCACAACGAUAAAGGGCGACGAAUUUCCCACAGGCAUCAUCGAGGGACCACCAGGUCCACCUGGACCGCCAGGACCCCAAGGUAUUCCGGGUGAAAGAGGUGAAAUCGGUCCACCAGGACCUGCUGGACCACCAGGCGAAAAAGGACCCCGUGGUAAACGUGGUAAACGAAUAUUAGGGCCAGGAGGUAAGGAUGAGGACUAUGAUGACCCACCAGUGACAUUGUUACGUGGUCCACCUGGGCCACCUGGUAACCCAGGAAAAGACGGUCGAGAGGGUCGUGACGGCAUGAAGGGUGAUCCAGGUGAACCUGGUGAACCUGGAUCGUUGGGACCUCGUGGCUUGGAUGGUUUACCUGGAGAACCUGGUAUUGAGGGUCCUCCUGGAUUGCCUGGCUAUCAAGGACCACCUGGUGAAAAGGGAGAUCGAGGUGAUAUUGGACCACCUGGUUUGAUGGGUCCUCCUGGACUACCUGGACCACCGGGUUAUCCUGGUGUGAAAGGUGACAAGGGAGAUCGGGGUGAUUCAAAGUACAGAAAAAUGCGAAGACGACAAGAUGACGGUAUGGCUGAUGCACCUCAUACACCAACAAUUGAAUAUCUGUAUGGACCCCCUGGACCACCCGGCCCGAUAGGCCCACCAGGUCACCCAGGCCCAGCAGGAGAACGUGGUUUAGAUGGACGCAAAGGAGAUCAGGGCGAGAAAGGACUGAAAGGCGAUCAAGGUCCAAUGGGUUUACCUGGUCCAAUGGGAAUGCGUGGAGAUUCUGGAUCGUUUGGUCCUGCGGGAAAACCUGGACAUCCGGUGUGGGCUUAUUAACCAAACACUUUACGCUGACAAAAAUAAAAACAAAACUUAAUAAAACGAAAAAUAAAAUUAUCCGGCAAAAAUGUUAAUGGGCUGCAACCUUUAUACGCUACCACUGUAUACUGCACAAACAAGUUAUUUGUUGUUGCUAUAUGAAAAACAAAACAUUUCAGCAAAUUUUCCCGCCAAAAAUAAAUAAAAUUCUUUUCUUUUUAUGUUUUCCAAAUAAAAUCUUUUCAGUUUCGAGAAUUUUAGUUUUCCAUGGUUGUAAAUAUUUCAUUCAAUGCACGCUUUUUCCCUACUAUAAUCUAUAAUUAUAAAAAUAUAUAAAUAAAUAAUUGUUGUAAAUUUUAAAUAUAAAUAUUUAAAUUGAAAAUAAAAAUAAAAACGCUGAAAUUGUAAAAACAAACAUCACAAAAAUCUAAAUAAAUUUCUAUACAAUAAAAAGUAAAUAUGAAAAUUAAAUACAUUUCGUCCAUUGCAAAUAGUUAUUCAUAUACAUUUUUUAAAUCAUACAUUAUUAUCCCAUAUUUUUUAUAAAGACACAAUACUUACAUUCAUACAUAAUAUCGCUUUCAAUCUAACCUUAUUCCUAUAUAAAUAUUUACAUUCCUUAACACCUAAACGUAUACCCUACUUAACAAAAUGUUUAAAGCAAAACAAAUAUCGACAAUUAAAUCCGAAUUCAAGUUCAACAACAAUCCAUAUCGCAUUAAAGAAUUUACAAGUGAACAAGUAUAUUUUUAGGCGCAUUGUUUGUUGUUUUUUCCCACGACGUGACGUACUAAUUUCGCUACCUACCCAAUAUUUUAAUUUGUCAUUUUGCCUGCCCAAUUAUUUUGUUUUUAUUUUUUCCGUCAUAGAUUUUUUAACAAAACACAAAAAAUAUAUAAAUUAAUAAGAAAAAUCAAUGAAAUAAAAUUAAAACAGCAUUUGUUUCGUGGAAGCAGUUUUUGUACCGUCCAUACGCUUUGUAUAAAUUGAUUAUACAAAAGCUUUUUAACAAAAUAAAAAAUAAAAUAAUUAAUAAAUUAAUGUAGUACAAUUUUUCUACAAAUUGGAAUAAACUCUUCCAUUGAUCAUUGCAUAUUUAGCUAGGUUAAACUAUAAAAAUAACAAACAAACAAAUUAUAAAAACUAUAAACAAAAGACAUAUUUACAUGCGUAUGAAAUAUAAAUAUAUGUACUUCUUAUUGGUUUCAUAUCAAAUAAUAUACUAAAUUUAAAAAAAAAUCCCUUUUAAAAUAAAAUAACUGACUUUUUCCAUCUCCAUUAUCAAUUAUUAUAUUUAAAAAAGAAGCAAAAUUGUCCUUUUUCAAUUAAAUAUAAUGUGUUACUUUUUUGAAAAUCCAAAUCACUAUUAAUACAAAAACAAACAUUCAAUUAUACUUUUUAUCA